GAGCGAGUGUCGCAGUGCGAAGAAGUCGGCGAUGAAGCAGUUCCUGGUGGCCUUACUGGCCGCCCUAUUGGUGGCCGCCGUCCAGGGCGGCAUUCUGGGCAGGAUUUUCCACAAGGAGUCCACCACUACAACAACCACGACCACGGAGGAGCCCCGCCGACCCUUCUUCAUCAACAACAAUGUGCCCGUCAUACCGCAGGACUGUUCGGCGCAGUUCAAGUGCAAGAAGAAGUUGGCCGAUGUGCCGGCUCCGCGACCCUGUGUGAAGUACUGCCUCCACCGGAUCAGCUGUCCCAAUGACCAGAACACCUUGGGCACGCCCAACCAGUGCGUCGAUCUCGACGAGCAACAGGUCCACGCAGCCCUUGUGGCAGCCACGGCGUCGCCGGGCGACGGCAGUGCCACCACCGAGAAGCCCAUGAUGGUGGCCAUGAUCGACUUCCCCUGCCAGCCGGGCUAUCUGCCCGACCAUCGUGGUCGCUGUCGGGAGAUCUGGUGAUUCCAUUCCAUUCUGUUGGCUUCCGUGACACGUGUUUGCUGCAUAAUUAUAUACCUGUGGAAUUUUUUGUUUUUAUAUGCAUAUGCCUGCGCUGAAUAUAAUCAAAUCACAAUAAAACCCAAAAGAUCAGGCCCGUGUAUUCGAA